CAUCCCGUCGCGCGACCGGCUAACGACCCCCCGCGACGAAAAAACCGCUCGCUCCGUCGUCGUCGUCGUCGUCGUCGUCUCGCCCGGGACGAAGAAUCGCUGCUCGGAGAACACGCUUCGCUCCGAUCGGACUCGAUCGCCGGGGAGGGGUUCCGGGUUCGCCGGAGCGGAGAUCGAUCGCGCGGAUUUUAGCUCCCGGAUCCCGAGCCACCCUCUUUCAUGCGCGCGUUCUCCCGAGGGUGUUGAUCGAUGGAGAAUUCGGCGGAUGUUUGCGACCGGGAGGAAGCGUCGGCGGCGUCGUCGGCGUCGUCGUCGUUGACUCCGGCCAGCUCAGAUUACCGAUUGUUCGGUCGGCAAUCCACCAUCCACCAAUGUAUGGGCGGUGGAAUAGCUGCUGAUGUUCUAUUGUGGAGGCGGCGGCAUGUUUCUUUCGGCAUCAUUGUUGUUGCGACAGUUGCUUGGGUUAUCUUUGAAAGAUCAGGAUUGUCAUUCCUGUCAAUUUGUUCAGAUGUCUUUCUGCUACUAAUCAUAUCACUGUUCAUUCAUGCCAAUUAUGCUGUUUUACGGAAUAGACCGCUACCAGAAUUAUCUGAGCUAGUUUUCUCAGAGGAGAUGGUUACCAAUGUUGCAGCUUCUUUUCGGGUCAAAAUCAAUAGCCUGCUGCUUAUGGCUCACGACAUCACUCUUGGAAAAGAUUUUAGACUAUUUUUUCAGGUGGUUGUCUGUCUGUGGCUUAUAUCAGCAAUUGGUAGCUUCUUCUCUUUCUUCACACUCGCUUAUAUAGGUACUAUAAUAUCCGUCACAGUUCCUGCGCUGUACAGCAGGUAUGAGAAACAUGUGGAUAGGUUUUGUGGAAUGCUCCAUAGAAACUUUUCGAGGCAUUACAAAGUAGUAGAUGAGAGUUUUAUCAGCAAGCUCCCAAGAAGUUUAUCCAAGGACAAAAAUAUGUGAAGCUGAAGUUGAGUCCAAACAUCUGCCAAGCCAUCCAUGCCAAGAGCUUACUUCAAAAUUUAGGUGGUGUUUUGCGGAUUAAGGCUCCAUCAUUUCAACGGGGAGCAAAAUGUCACGUCAAUGUUGUUUGCCACGAAGAUGCCUCUGGCUGUUCCCUGGGACUUCAUUUCAUUAACCUCGGUUUUUCCUUGUCCUAUAAGAAUGCGAUCGGAUAGCAGCAGAAGCAGCAGUGUCAACCGCUUGUCUGAACUUAGAAAUACCGUUCAUCGACUUCACAAGUGACCGACCAAUUGUUUGUACUUGAUGAUUUCAUCAUUCCAACAUGUUUACACGCAGUCCUCUUGCUCUUUGGUGAAUGAAUGUUUCCACAC